ACACGCAGCAAUUGUCACUGAUGUACAGGGCGCCAUGGGAGGUAUUUCCUCAGCUUUCUCCUUAAUCACCUUCAUAGUUAGUUUUGAGUUGUGCAGUAACACUGUUAGGGCACCCUAUAGAUGAAUUGGCUACCAUUUCUCAUGCAGUGAAGGUCACAUUUAAAAAUGUCUUAGGCAGAGGUACCACCAGUCUUUUAAGAAGCUAGGUGAUGUUACUCAAAAGAUGUUAAAAAUUUAAAACUAAGAUUUUGGCCCGCAGUUACUAUGUCAGAUAAACAUAACUCAUCUGAAUAAACUUUAGAAUUAAAGUUUGUAAUUACGGCAUUACAGGGGGAAUAACAAUAUCAGUUUUUGGCAUUCCCAGUUUUGUCAGGUUAAUUUCACAUUGAUAGAUUCCAGUUGAGUCAAUGUACCAUUCUUCCUGAAAAUUGCCAGGAUGGUAAGAUUUGUUUUUUCUACUGUUUAGCUCCUGAGCACAUACCAGCAUUAUUAAUUUUCUUGUAGUUUGUGUUCUGAUUUCCUGUUUAUUAUUUUGAGAUAUUAAAUGAUAGGGACAGAUCAGAAAUGACUACCUAAGGCUAACAAGAUGACUUCUUUGUGUGAUAUGUAGAGUAAGCAAAACACUAAAUAGGCUUAGUGUUUUUUCCUGAAGAACCGUAGAGAGGCAUUUGUAGUGUUAUGUCAUUACACUUUCUUGUAGAAUAGAGGGAAAUGUUAAAAGACUGCCUGUUUGAAUAUCAUCAGGAACAAAAUGCAGAUUUUCUCUUCUUUUGCCAGAACUAAAAACUGAUUCUGUCAGAAAUUCACAGAUAAAUUAUUUAGGUGUUUUAAAUUUGCAAAGCCACAUGUAACUGUUUCAGAUUAUUCUGUGGGGUGAGAAAAUCUUCCAUCAAGUUCAUAAUUGAGGAGGUAUAUGAAUACAGUUUUGUGUUAACUUCACUGCCUGAUGUUUUCUUUCCAGUGUGUGGAGUUUGAAGCUGGUUUCAUUCAGUUAUAAAGGUAACAUUGCCAAUGUAUCAAAUGGGCAUUGUAACUUUGUAGAUCAUAGUUGUAAACUAGUGUCCCGGUAGGUUGCUGGCUUCUGAGCCAGGCACUGUUUUGGUGCCGGCUAUUUAGGGGAGGACUGGCUUGACAACUGCCUGCUCUCAUGGAGCUUAGCUUUUAAUGCAAAGGUAGAAGAUGAGCAAAUAGAAAGAUAGGCACGUAAUAUUACACCAAAUACUAACAAGUGCUAUGAAGAAAAAUAAAGCAAGGCAAAGAUCUGGCAAGUCUGGGCUUGUGUUGAGAAGCAGGGAAGUUUUGAUAGUGACUUAAAUUGAUAGUGGCUGCAAAAGCUUCCAGGAAGGUAACUUUGUAGUAAGGACUGGAUGAGGAUCUAAUUAGGUACGAAGCUAGUGACCAUGUACACAAAGUACAGCCCACUGUUGUAAUAUUUAUCUUCUGAUGAUCUUAAGCCUUUUCAUUUUUUUAAAAAUGUUGCCUGAAAUGGGAAUCGAGUCAAAGUUUGCUUUUUAAUUGCACAGAGGCUUCCUGUUUUAUUUGGUGGUCUUAUAUAUAAAAUGCAGAAGGGACAAUAAUCAUUUCCUAAUUUGAGGCAGUUUAGCGAGUUGCUUUUGAAAUUCUAAUCUUUGGCAAUAGUGUGUUUCCUAACCAGCGCUCCUUCAUUAUCCUUCUGGUAAGGGACCACUUGAUGAUUAGGGAAUUGAGCCUAUUGGAAUUUUAUUUGUGUAUUUAUUUUUGAGAGGGGAAGAGAGAGAGAGAGAGAGGGAGGUAGGGAGGGAGAGAGAGGGAAGGUGCACCUGUGCACUAGCAGGGAGGGGGCAGAGGGAAGACAGGGAAAGAAUCUUAGGCAGGCACUACGCCCAGCUUAGAGCUUGACACUGGGCUUGUUCCCAUGACCCUGGGAUCAUGACCUGAGUGAAGUCAAAAGUUCCACGCUCAGCUGCCUGAGCCACCCAGGUACCCCGAGCCCACUAGAAUUUUAAAGGAAUGCUUUGACAGACAGUAGAUGACUUAUUUGAGUUAGUAAACUUCCCUUUCUUUGUGACCCUAAGCCCGUGCAAUGUCAGACCGGCAGACCAUCUUGACAGUAGGCAUGCCAUUCCAGAGGAUGUGUGGUUGAAAGUUACCUUUUUUCUUGGCAGUGUUUCUAAAACUUCAGUUAUUUGCGUAUCUCUUUCAUGAUGUUGUCAAUAUAUUUACUUCAGCUUUUUUUUAUAAUAGUCUCGUAAAUUACUAUAUUAAAUGUUAGCUUCUUUCUAAGUUAUGAUAUGCAUGUAAUCACAGGCUCAUGAACUAGUUUUUGCAUUCUGAUGCAUCUAUUAAAAUUAUGUUGUUUCUGCAUCACUUAAAAUUGCCAUGGGUGCUACCAGUUCUGUGCUUACCCCUUGCUGAGAAACACUGAUCUCAGCUUUUUGUUAUAUGGAGUUGAAUACUGCUGAAGACUGCAUUAACCCAUUCAGACCAUAGUUUUCCCCAUGUAAUAACUUAAUGGCCUUGUUACUCUAUUUAGUACCUUAAUGAGUAGAGAAAUGGCUGUACAGCUUCCUGAAGUGAUUAGUUGGUUUGUAUACUGAAAUCUCUGUUCAUAUUUGGGGCAAGCCCUGGGCAAAAUUGUACCAGGAGUUAAUUCCCUGAAGUAAUGCAUUGCUAAUUAUGGACUUGUUGACAUCAGUGAUCCUGGGGUGGGGGUGGGUGGGGAGUUAUGGUUUGGGGCAAGGGGCCACUUCUUGUCACCUUCGAACAUUAGAUGAUGAAGUUGGCUAUCUUUUCCAGUUAGAUUAAAGCUGUCUUAGUAAAUAAAAAAAAAAAAAAAAACAAACCCUCAAGUAAUUACUCUGUUAACUUCCUCAAUAUGUAAGCUGUUUCAAAAUCAAAAGCUUAUGAAAAAAGUCCCCCAGAUUCCCAGCUAACUACUCUGGGAUGCAGUAGGACCAAAGUGCCUAUAUUUGGUUCAGAAGAACUGAAAUGAUUGUUACACAUAUAUGACUAAGAAAUUUAACCAUGCUCAUAGAGGCCAUCCAGUUCUCCAAAACAGAAUUUCAUACUCCUGCCUUGUAAGUGUCUGCUUAUCCUCUAUUGCAGUAUGUAUGCAACCCUUAAAUAGAUAUUUAUAUGAAGCCAUCCGCUGUCAGUUUUCAUGCUAAUAUGCAUCAGUUGCUGUGAGAUUCAUUAUUACUAAUUUCCCACACUUUUUUACUUUAUCCUUGGUCCUUUUCUUAGCUUCCUUUCCUCUAUCUUUAUAUUUUCUUCUUUUCCUUUCUAUUCUAUUUCCCCGUUCAUAACUUAAAGUAGAAAGUAUACGUGAUUUCUGAUAAUCACUCAAGGAGAGUGCACUGUUCUUGGUUCUUAUGGCAGAAUAUACUUAUUUGUAGGACGUGUUGCAUAAUGAGGAGCUCUUUAGUGUUAGGAAUUUGAUUAUUUGGUAAAAGAGGGCUUAUUAUGUAGGUUUUUAAAAAGUUUGAUUCUUACAGUAAAACUAUUCUCCAUCUUUUUUUUGUUGUUGUUGUUGUUCAGGGAAGUUUAUUAUAAUAUGUCAAAAUAUAGGUCAGAAAUUUACCUCAGAAGCAAUUUAUCUGUUAGUUAAUAUCUUUAACGGAGAAAUAUUUUCUUCAGUAAUUAUUUACAAACAACACAUUUUUAGAGCAAACAUGUUUGUAAUAAUUCUCACAAUCUGGACAUUACCCACAUACUUUUAAACAUUGUCUCUCUCUCUAGAAUAAAAAUCCAUUAUUAGUUGAAACAGUGUUUUGGAAAUUUAGUAUUGAUCCAAAUCCUAUACCCUCUUAGUUUACCAAAACCUUCAAUUAUGAAGAUUUCCAGUCUUCCCUGAAACCGUUCUGUUUGAAUAAAGAGAAAGAGUACAAGACCAUAAUCUGAUAUCAGCAAUUUAGGUAUAAUCUCAGGUCAUUACUCCCUGGUGGUCUGUAUCAAGGACUGGAACCCACAUUGGCAGGUGCAGCUACACUAAUAAUGCAUAAAGGUUGGUGUCCAUUUUGAUUGCUCGGGCUCUGUGCCUAGAUAACUAUAAACACUUUGAUUAUCACAUUUGCCUAUAUAUUUUACAAGUAAGUAGUAUUUUCAGUUUACCAAUACGUAUAUAUCUGUAAUUCUGUUGAUAACCCUUUUUGAAGUGACUAGAGUAUCUCUGCUACAGAAAAUAAAAAUAUCCAGAAUACCCAUUUGCAAACAUUUUAAUUAAAGGAUAUUUUAUGCUUGAGUGAGAUUAAGCCUGUAACAUAUCAAAAAGGAAAAAUAAUCAACUUUAGAAAUUGAUUCUGUGGUUGUCUUUAGACAUAACCACCAACCAGCGAAGGUAUUUCUGAGGGUACCAUUAUCCUUUCUCAUGUUGUUUGGUCCCCAUAGAUUAUGACGAAAUAUUUCCUUGCUGUUAGGAACAUGUCCUUUAUAUACAUGUCUAUUCUGUCAAUUUGAAUAAAAUAUUCAUUUAUCAAAUAUUUUAAACACAACUAUUAUAUUCCAGGAACUGGGAUUAAAAAAAAUGGCAAUAGAUCCUGUUGUCAGGGAAUUUAUAACUUUGGGAGUAAAAGCACCAGGAGAUAAAAAGUACUGAGAAUAUCCUGAGAUGGAACAAUGUUUGGCAUAACUGGCCCAGCCUUAGAAGGUGAUAUUUGAAUAGCAGCUUAAACAGGGAGAAGAGAUUUACCAGGUUGAAGGGGUGAGGACGUACGUGUCAAACCAAACAAAGGGCUAGCACGUAACAAGUCCCAGGAGCCCACAACAGCAUGGCAUGUGCCAAGAACCUUCCCCAGGUCCUGGCAGCUCCUUUCUAUGUGGGAAGAUACUAGAGGGGCAGCAGUGAGAGAAACCAAAAGGACAGAAUGUGUCAGUUCAAGACGAGGGGAAACCUUUAACAGGGAGCUGGUGGAGGUCAAGUAAAGAUAAAGACUAGCAUAGUCUUUGGAUUUGGCUUCAGUUGGAGUUUUGUCGGCCAUUGCUUAACAGUAAAGUAAUGAGUGUGGAGGUCACAGUGAUACAGAUUCAAAACGGAAGAAGCAGAAGAACGGCAUGUGUAGAUGGCUCUUUAGCCCUUGGUCUGGGAACAGCUGAUUAAGAGUAUUAGGGAGGGGAGGAUGCAUAGCUAGGCGGGGUCCCUUUCUCCUUCCCUGCCGCCUCUUCUAUUUUGGAGCUACUUCAGCAUGUUGAGGACCGAGAGAAAGAGUUGAGGUAAGGCAGGUCAUUCGAAGGUAGAAGAAGGAAUGUGAAGAGAAAGAUGUUUUGCGAAGGAACGAGUGAAGGUGGAAGCCUGACCGUGUGCAAGGGGAAGGACAACUCGGAGACCAAAAGAAAGAUGCAGAAAGAUAGUGUAAAAAUGGGUGGCAGGAAGGUGACAGGGAGUUCAUGCCUAAGGGCUCCUGUUUUGACUAUGAAAUAUUUGUUUCACGGAAGAUCAUUGUCUGCUGUUAGCAGAAUAUGGAAGAGAAGGGGCUUGAAAGUGUUGAAGUUUUCAAAAAGCUGUCCUGUGGAAUGUCAGAGGGAGCUGUCCAGGGCUGGGGGAGGAUUCCUAGACAGCAGGAGGGUCUAAGUGACCCUGGGAUAUAGUAAUUGAUAGAGACACUGAUGGGUGUGUGUGUGUGUUUUCAGGUGUGUGUUUGUGUUCAUGUGUGGUUCAUAUGGUUGUUCAUGCAUGUGUUUGCAUAUUUUUGUGCCCUAGAGGUCAUUCCAGUACAGAUAUAGUAAUCAGUCCUUUAAUUACCCAAGUUAUGGAGCUCCAUACAUUUUCCAUCCCUGUGCUGGGCAUUGGGGUUAUGAGGUGAGUGGGUUUAUUUUUGUUUGGGGAAACAUAUAGUUUCAUGGGCCCUACAUAUAAGCAAACAACACACUGUAUAGGGAUGCCAAAGUAAUUCAGAAAAGACAUGUUAAUGAUGAGUGGGCAGGGAUGGAUAAAGCGACAUUUUGGAAGUUUCUUCGAGGAAGCGAUCUCUUAGCUGGCUUCCAAAGGAGGUGUAUGGUUGCAGGUGAAGUGCUUGAAAAUUUUAGCAAGAAAGACAACAGGGGUUGUUGACCACAGAUGGGUACAUGCUGAAGGUACAAAAUAGUUGAGAAAUUCUGAAUGUGGAGCAAAGAUCCAGAAGGGUGGGUGAACCUUUGAGUUUACGACUGACUCAACUUUGUUUUUCUACAACCAGAAAUUAGAACCAGAAAGUUUUUUGAAAACAAAAGUACUUCUUGAGCAUUGGUAUGAGUUGGUUCUUUAGAACUUUUCUCAAAAGUUGUAGUCUUACUAUACAGUAUUUCACCUACCUGGUAUCUGUUUUUUUUUUUUUUUUUAAUUAGUAUUAAGAGUGGCUGUAUUAAUCCUAAAAUAAAUUUUUAAAAAUUCUGCUAGAUAUCUAUCUGUCUAUAUAUAUGUUCUACGUUUCUACAUUCAUAUUCUGUAUUCCAGUUUCCAAUUGACCGUAUUUGGCCUUUGAAGAAGUAAGUGUGAUCAAACACUAUUUAUUAUAUUGUGCCAUUGCCUCUUUGGAGUGUGAAACUUUUGGAGUUAUUAAAGCUUUGUUUCCUUUGUUGGUAACACUCAAAAGAAACGUGUACUUUUGUUUCUAUAACUACUAAGCAUUUUCUGAAAGUUUUUCCAUCCUGACUGAAAAAGAAAGUAAGUUGUUAAAAGCAAAAAUACCCUGCUAUAACGAGCAGUCUUGUACUUCCCAGUUCAUAGAUCAUUAGGCAACAGGGGAUCCCCCAGCCCCCAACCUCUGGCUUCCUCCGUACCUCUGAAGUACAUCAUGCUGCCCAAAUCAAAUUGCUCACUUAAUAUUUAAUGUUUCUGCGAUGGAAUCACUCUCCCCCCUGAGGUUGACUUCACAUUUGCCAGACACACUGACAACACUACACUCCUUUUUUCCCCCACAUGACCUCAGCUUCUGCUUAAAAAAUGUUCAAAUAAAGGAUGCUUUUGUUCCUAUCUCGCCCGCCUGUGAUAUAUUGACAAAGUGUCUGCCGGCUGAAUGGAAUAGUUUUACAGUAUGAGUGCUGCUUUCAGUGGAGGGGCAGGACUUGGGCUUUAGAAGGAAGUGAAUUGGAUAGGUCAGGAGAAUGUACCAUUUGUAAACACCCCUUUCCUUUUUUAUUCACGUGUCAGGACAGCAGGAGCAGGCUGUUCAGUGCCCGUCCCUGCGCAGAGCCGGAGGGAAAAGCAGCUUGGAAGUCAGCUGCAAUUUUUAAACCUUGCUUUUUAUUCCCCGGCGAUGAUCUUCAAGUGCUUGGACUUGUCUUGGAAGCUGUUUGGAAACUAACAUGGUUUAGUCCACUAACUGCAUGUUGGGUAAAUUCAAAACCCACAUGCUCGUCCUCUUGCAGUGGAAUAAGUCACAUCUGAUGGACAUUUUCUGUGCUUAUAGCAUAGUAAUGAACGUCUGACAGGCGCGACCUUUCAUAAGACAACCCACACUAUUGGCUUUCUGCCCAGAAUAUUGCUGCAACACUAUCUGUGAUUGGUUAUCUCUCUAUCAUGCAUUGCUUCACAAGGGGAAACGGCCCCUUUUUUUAAUAAAUCUACGAUGGCUGGCUGCAAUAUGCCUCACUGUUGGUACUAAGAAGUGCCUUUCCUGACGUCUCUGCUGCUUGGACCCGCUUCUAGAGCAGUCUCUGCUUUUGCCUUGCUUGCUGCCAGCUAGACUGUGACGACAGCACAUCCACCCUCCACUUCUAGCCCAGACACCCCCAUUUCUACUUAUAAUCAAGACAAAAGCUCUAAGUAUCUGGCAUUGCCCUAGGCUGCUUUAGUUUUAAAAGAAAAGUUUGCUGAAAAAGUCAGAUCUCUUCUGCCAGGAAAUCAAGGAGGAAAAAAAAAUCAGUUUCUCGAUUUGCUCUAAACUGCUGCAUCUGUCUAUGCCAAACUAAUCAAUACCGAUUGCACCACCAAACUCCAUUGCAAAUUCAGCUGUGAGGAGAUUCCCUUUCAGACAACUUUGCUGAAAGCAGCUUGGAAAUUCGGUGUCAAAGGGUCUGCCACGUUUUCAUGCUUGCAUUUUGGGCUCCAAAUUGGCACUGGGAAGGGGUUACUGAGAGCACAAGGCUGAUCCGAGGCCCUACUUUUAAACGUUCAUCUACUUACGAUUCUAGUAUUUCUCUGUAAACCAAAACCUCUUGAAUUAACAGUUUCAUGCUGUGAAUUUCUAGUGGGAGAUCUUUUCCUUGAUAUUGACAACACAGUUUUCCAUGUACUUUUAAAGCAGGGAGUGGGGAAAAAAGUAUUUUGGAGGGGACAUUUUCAUCAGCCUUUUACAGUCUUAUCAGUUCAGCUUUUUGAGGUUUUUUUUUUUUUUUGGUGUUUUUUUUUUUUUUUUUUUUGGUUGUUGCUGGGUUUAUUUUUAUUUUUAUUUUUUUGUGGGGGGCAGGGUCUGUUGGUUUCACUGCAAAAUUUAACUACCUGUAAAAUCUAAACAUGGCUGUUAGUGUCACACCAAUUCGGGACACAAAAUGGCUAACACUGGAAGUAUGUAGAGAGUUCCAAAGGGGGACUUGCUCACGGCCAGACACGGAAUGUAAAUUUGCACAUCCUUCGAAAAGCUGCCAAGUUGAAAAUGGACGAGUAAUCGCCUGCUUUGAUUCAUUGAAAGGUCGUUGCUCCAGGGAGAACUGCAAAUAUCUUCAUCCACCCCCACACUUAAAAACGCAAUUGGAGAUAAAUGGGCGCAAUAACUUGAUUCAGCAGAAGAACAUGGCCAUGUUGGCCCAGCAAAUGCAACUAGCCAAUGCCAUGAUGCCUGGUGCCCCAUUACAACCUGUGCCAAUGUUUUCAGUUGCACCAAGCUUAGCCACCAAUGCAUCAGCAGCCUUUAAUCCCUACCUGGGACCUGUUUCCCCAAGCCUGGUUCCAGCAGAGAUCUUGCCGACCGCACCAAUGUUGGUCACAGGGAAUCCUGGGGUCCCCGUGCCUGCAGCUGCUGCGGCUGCUGCACAGAAAUUAAUGCGGACAGACAGACUUGAGGUAUGUCGAGAGUACCAGCGUGGCAACUGCAACAGAGGAGAAAACGAUUGCCGGUUUGCUCAUCCCGCUGACAGCACAAUGAUUGACACCAAUGACAACACAGUGACCGUGUGUAUGGAUUACAUCAAAGGGAGAUGCUCACGGGAAAAGUGCAAAUACUUUCAUCCUCCUGCACAUCUGCAAGCCAAGAUCAAGGCUGCCCAAUACCAGGUCAACCAGGCUGCAGCCGCUCAGGCAGCAGCCACCGCAGCUGCCAUGACUCAGUCGGCUGUCAAAUCACUGAAGCGACCCCUCGAGGCAACCUUUGACCUGGGAAUUCCUCAAGCUGUACUUCCCCCAUUACCAAAGAGGCCUGCUCUUGAAAAAACCAACGGUGCCACCGCAGUCUUUAACACUGGUAUUUUCCAAUACCAACAGGCUCUAGCCAACAUGCAGUUGCAACAACAUACGGCAUUUCUCCCACCAGGCUCAAUAUUGUGCAUGACACCCGCUACAAGUGUUGUUCCCAUGGUGCACGGUGCUACGCCAGCCACUGUGUCCGCAGCAACAACAUCUGCCACAAGUGUUCCCUUCGCUGCAACAGCCACAGCCAACCAGAUACCCAUAAUAUCUGCCGAACAUCUGACUAGCCACAAGUAUGUUACCCAGAUGUAGAAUUUUCAUCACUAAACAAUCAUACUAAAGAGGAAAGGACAGUGUGCUUGGUUAGCGUAAAGGACGAGGUCAUUAGCCAUAUUGUAAAUACCGUCAAGCAACACACACAAAAACCCCUCAGCCACAAGACAUCCACAUAUUGCAUGUUAACCAGAAGAAGAGACAACAUGGAAAUCCACUGCACACUGUUGCCUAUACACUUUGUACAUUUAAUUGAUAUUUGUGCUGAGGUGAUAUUCCUGUCUGAAAGAAGAACAACAUUGUCUUUCUUUUCUAGCACAGAGUUCUGCAUUAAAAGAUGCAUACCUAAUUAGUUUCCUAUAUAUUCAUGCCAUCUUGAAAAGACAGACUAUGGUGUAACCAUGAUUCUAUUAUGUAUUGGUACGUCUGUAGACCAAGGUAUAAUUUUUUAAAAAUAAGUUUAUUUCUUUCAAGGUUUACAAAUAACAAAGGUGCACCUUGUAUUUAAAAUCGCCAUUAUAGACGAGAGCGUGCAUGCACAGUCAUUUUUGUUUAAGAGUAAUAUUUUUAAUGUAAUAGAUUUUAAGAUGUGGUGAGGGAGGGAUCUGACAGAGAUGAAUGUGCCAAGCAAAACCACAACUGUGUAUCUUUUAAAGCACAUCAUGGCUUUAAGUACCAUGUUGUUAAGGAUUCUCAUGAAGUGCCAUAGACUGUACAUCAAAUUAGAGUAUUAUUUCUUCAGUGUUAUUGUUUUCAGAGCCACAUUUUGUUGCUUAUUUGCUAGUACUAAUCAGUCAAAGGGCACCAUUCUUUUUUCCUUUUUUUUUUUUUUUUUUUUUGGAAACCAAAGCUGUCUCAGAAAUGGCCAAUUUAACUCUACAGUAACAAUAGACAGCACAACACAAACUCUCUCAAUACCGAUAAACUCACACAUACUGGAGAUAUAUAUAAUAGAUAUAUAUAUAAAAUUAUUUUAAUGCAUUGUAGUGUAAUAUUUAUGCAUACUAUACUGUGUAACAUGUUAUUCAAAAGGGAUAUGCCAUUUCUGAGACACGAUAACAAAAAAAAUGUUUGAGGAAAUUAUUUUGCUUCUAUUUAUAGCUCUGUCAAAAGUCACACGACUAUAAAUGCUUUGCAAAAAUGGUUUCACAUUUGCUUAAAUGCUUCACCACAGUCACGUUUAAAAUAGUGACUCUAAACAAAGAAGAAAGCAGCACUGUCAUCAGAUGCAUGAUAAACCAAAAUAUGAAAAUGGGAAAUGUUUAAUUAACCUAGUAAUUGGGUGGGUUAAGUACAUGGGUGAAUUUUAUAUGUGAUUUGUUUUGUUUUGUUUUGUUCAGAUUAACUGCUUAUAGCCUUAGAAAGCCUUUUACAAAAUUAAAAAAAAAUAGAUGUGCAUUCAGUUUUUAAGAAUGGAUUCAUCCAAAGGAAUUCCUUUUUUGUGGUUUGGAUGUUGCAGCUUGUAAAGGAUAUUUUUGCUCUGAUUGGCAGUUCUAAAAAUUGCUGACGUCGGGGCCAGGUCACUGGUAGUUAUAGUGUGGAAUGGGAGAAGCGAAAGUUCAGUUAUAGAACUUUCCAUACUUCCAAGUUUACUGCAAGUUUUUAUGCUUGAGAGAGAUGCUUUCUAAUAUAAGACUGAUGUGUUGAUUUUACUGAUUGUACUGUACAUCUAUUAAAGCCUUAGAUUAUUACAUUACGGGUUGGAACCCAUACCAAUGUAAUUUCAAUCAUGUUAAGAGAGUAAUGGUGACUUCACAUGUUAUUGUAGUUAGUUACAUUAUAGAAUAUUACUUAUUUUUCUUGUUAAAAUGUAGUUUUUCAUUUCCUACAUUUAUUAGAUUUCAUUUUCUAUUAACAAUUGAAUACCAUUUCAGUUUAUAGACUCUUGUUUUAUUAGAUUUUACCGAUGAAUUUUUCAAAAUACAAAAAAAAAAUUAAAGUAGUUUUUCCUUCAUAACAUACUCAGUUUUGAAUUACAUGUAGUGUCAUACGAAUAUUCGUAUUAUUGUUAACUAAAUGAUUUAUAUUUUACUGAUUUAAUAUUAAAGUGUAAGAAUGUCAGUCAUUGUUAGUUCUUGUCUAGUUUUCAUUAAAAGAACAAAGAUCUUUUAUAUGGAUAUCUUAUAAAUAUAUAAUCAUUGCUAAGUAAGAAGUUAAGUUGUUGCUAUCGCAACAAUCCUGGCAGACAAUUGAGUAAUAUUUUGAUGAUUUAUUUUGUUUGUAAUUAGUUAUUAUAAGAAGAUCUAGAUCCUAGAUAUUAGAAUAAAAUUUAUUUUCUACUGUAUCCAUUUCAAAUGUUAAAGUAUUGUUUAAUAUUUUUGAAAUCCCUGAAUAUCAGGCCUUGUUAUAAAUAAGCUGCAUAAUCAAUAAAUAGAACAAGGGACUUUUUUGUUGAUAAUCCAAAUACUCAAAGUUUACGUAAUGAGAAUUAUAGCGUGUGUGCAAACUCUUGAGGGUUGAUUAUGCUGCAAUUUAGCAUGUUGGAACGUCUAGAGAGAAGGUUGACUUUUUGCACUUCUGUAUAUAGUCAAAAGAGAGAAACCUGUAUAAUAGUAAGAUCUUAUUUUGAAUAAAAACGUCUAUAAUUACAAGGAGUUUUGUUAAGGCUAAUAAAAUGACAGACUGAGCAAAAUUGCUUGCAAAAGUGGCACAGAGUUAGCACUCCAUACCCCUUCAAACAUGUUGCUUUGCUUUAUUGUGGACAGCUUGUAGUUUGCCAGGAUUUUUUCAGCUGGAAAGAUAUGCCAUCCUUCCGAGAUCUCAUGACUGACAAAAACUCCAUUGGGCCAAAUCUGCCUGAAGAUCAUUACCAAAAAUAGCAGGUACUUCAACCAUUAAGGUGAAAUCAUGGAUCAAAUAUUCCUUACAUUUUUCAAAACUACUGCAUGUUUAAAACUUCAACGAAAAAAAAAAAAAGAGAGAAAGAACUAUACUAAGGACAUAUAUUAUACAAAUCAGUUUCUGCCAAUUUCAGUGGUUUAUUGUUCACACACAAAAAAAAAUCUUCAAAACAAGUAUUGACUCUCACAAAAUCUAAACCAUAAACAGGCAAACCAAACAGCACACCGUAGCUAUAGUUGUUAUGUGAUUGUUUUUUAAUUGCCGUAGGAUCCUGUUCUUUCAGCAGGUGAAAAAACGAAACGCAGUUCAAAUUUCACGGUUUUAAUUUUCAACUCAGAAGCACUCAAAAAAGCAAAUGUGGUCAUGGGCACUUGUUUAAUGAAUUCGUGUAUCCAGCCUUCACUCCCGCUGGCUGCACUUCUCAGCAACCCUGCCGCUUUUAUCUGCUGAAAGGACAGAUGUGCUUGGUUUUACUAUUAUGUAAUCACAACUUACUUUCUGCUUGUAGUUGCUUAAAAUUAUGUAUUUUGUCUUGGGCUGCAAUUUGUUUUAUGCUUAUUUUAUUAUUACUGCAGUAGUUGACUUUGCUGUAUGGAAAAAUAAAGUGAAAUUGCCCUAAUAAAACUUCUCUUUCUUAAGUA